AGUGUGGCUCCCCCUCUCAGGAAUUCUGGGAACCUUCAUUAUUGGCCGGAGAGUCAGGGAUCCAGUGUGACGUGCAGGAGAAUCUGUUAAGAGCUGUUGUCCAGUGUUGAAGGUGCUGAGAGAGUCCAGUUCUCUAAGUGUUGUCAUGGGCUUCAGAGCAGUGCAGCUGUUCCUCCUCCUGGUGUCUCUGACCUGGUCCAGAGGAGCCGUGAUCACAGGGGCCUGUGAAAGAGACGUGCAGUGUGGGUUUGGUCUCUGCUGUGCUGUCAGUCUUUGGAUGAGGGGUCUGAGGAUAUGUGUCCCAAGAGGUGUGGAGGGGGAUGAAUGCCACCCGUUUAGCCACAAGGUGCCCUAUUCAGGCCAAAGGCUACAUCACACCUGCCCCUGUCUCCCCCAUUUGGUGUGCACCAGGUAUGAUGAUAGGAAGUACAGAUGUACUGAUGACUUCAAAAACAUGGACUUUUAACAGCACAGCAGAAAAGCAGAGUGAAGACGUGAAGAGGCAGUGGAUCAGAAACAUAUUUUAUCUUCACUGACUGUAUUCUUCAUUUACUCUGUGUACUAUAAUACAUACUUUGUAUUCUCGUAAUGCAAAUAACAAAGACGGAAAGAAAUGUCAAGACAUGUAACCUACUUACAAGAGCCACAGUCGUCACACCAGACGCUUUAUAUUCAGUAAAAACAAGGUUCCUUGGGAAGCUAUUUGUGAACCAUUAAAACAUCUUCACAUGGGUU